AUGCCCAAGAACAAGGGAAAAGGCGGCAAGAACCGCAGACGAGGAACAAAGGAGAAUGACGACCAGCGUCGAGAGCUGACCUUCAAGGAAGACGGCCAGGAGUACGCUCAGGUCAUCAAGAUGCUUGGCAACGGUCGCCUCGAGGCCAUGUGCUUUGACGGAAGCAAGCGUCUCGCCAACAUCCGUGGCAAGAUGCGCAAAAAGGUCUGGAUCAACCAGGGCGACAUCAUCCUGCUCUCCCUCCGCGACUUCCAGGAUAACAAGGGCGACGUCAUCCUCAAGUACACGGCCGACGAGGCCCGAACUCUCAAGUCGUACGGCGAACUUCCCGAGCAUGCCAAGAUCAACGAGACCGACUCCUUUGGCCAGGGCGAGGACGGCGAGGCCUACUUCGAGUUCGGCGACGCCGACUCGGACGACGAGUCGGGCGAGGACGAAGCCGGAGCCGGCAAGAAGGAUGUCGACAUUGACGACAUUUAG